GACUAUUGACAGGCAGCGCCUGUGUGGAGGAGUAAUUGAAUUUGCACGGGAUUUUCUAAAAGGAUACCGACCGCAGUGCACUGCAAAAUGGCGUUUAGCAGAAGAACUCGACGAGCUCGAAUGUGGAAUAUGGGUAUUUUGUUCCUGAUAUACUACAGCGUUACAGUGUACUCGGCUAAAGAUUCCAAACUGGAUGAACCUGUCUCGUUAACCGAUUUAGGCAGUGCUGAAAGCCAAAAUGAGGAGCUUCCUGCCAAGUCCGGCGAACAAUUGGAUGAAACUAGCGAAGGAGCGGAGGAGACAGAGUUUAUAGUAACUAGCACACAAGCCACACAUGCAGCGCCGAGUCACUCACUGCCAACAUGGCGCCCUAAGCGUGAAAAUUGUACUCCUCCAGCGAUAGAACAGUUCCCUCCCACCCUCAUGGGUCCAUGGCUGAGAAGACAUGGAGGUCUGAUUAUACACGUCCUGGUGGCUGUUUUCACAUUCUUCGGUCUGGCCAUAGUGUGCGACGAGUAUUUUGUGGCCAGUUUGGAUCGUCUGUGCGAAGAAUUGAAGUUAUCUCCCGAUGUGGCUGGUGCUACUUUCAUGGCGGCUGGCAGUUCAGCACCGGAAUUGGCCACAGUGGUCAUUGGUGUCUUCUUUGCUAAGGACGACAUUGGUAUUAGUGGUGUAAUUGGUUCGGCCGUCUUCAACAUUAUGUUUGUCAUUUCGGUGUGUGCUCUGUGCUCGGGCACAGUAUGCCAACUCAACUGGUGGCCUUUGGUGCGUGACUGCUUUUUCUAUUGUUUGUCCAUAUUGGUGAUGUUGAUUAUCAUUGUCAACGAUGUGAUCUCCUGUUUCGAAUCGAUCGUCAUGUUGCUGUGCUAUGUGCUGUACUGUGUCGCCCUGCAUUUCAAUUCUGAUCUGGAGCGAUGGGCCAUGUCUCUCAAUCUUCCCUUCAAGCUUCCAACCAAAGAGGAACAGUCAUCUUUAGUCACCUACAAAAACGUCCCCGACACCACCUAUACAGAAGGCAGUCAACAGCAGACUAAUUUGUCACAAGAGCCUAACGCCGCCUCUGCGACACCAGGAAACCAGCAGCAAUCAGACUACCAGAAUUACACCGAUCCAAAUGCCAGUUGGGACCCAAAUUCCGCUUGGGGCGAGGAAGCCUCCAGCAAUCCCGUAGGAGGGGCCAGUGCUAGAGCCACCCAACCUCCGGUGGACGAUUGGGGCAUGAGUCAGUUCAGUGGUGGCCAAGGCCAAGAGAAUAUGGCCUACAAUCCCGAUCAGCCUGAGUCGGUAGUUACACAAAGUGCUUCGGCAGAUGCAGCGAAUAAGCCUGUGGUGGGCAAGCCUCAACCACCUGGUGGGGGCGCAACGGACUACUACAAGUCCAGCGACAAAUCCAAAGAAGCUCGUCCCAAUCCACUGGAACGUCCUACCGCGGGUGGGCUUCCAGCACUGGUUUCCUGGUAUGUUGUCUAUCCCAUUCACUUCAUGUGCCAGAAAACCAUGCCCGACUGUCGCACCGAACAGUAUCGCAAUUGGUACCCCUUCACAUUCCUCAUCUCCAUGAUCUGGAUUUCGUUCUAUUCAUACUUCAUGGUGUGGAUGAUCACCGUCAUUGGCUCAACACUGGGCAUACCGGAUACGGUGAUGGGUCUAACCUUUGUUGCUGCUGGUGUCUCUGUGCCCGAUGCCCUAAGCUCAAUAGCUGUUAUCAAAGAAGGCUAUGGCGAUAUGGCCGUUUCAAAUGCAAUCGGCUCGAAUGUCUUUGAUAUCCUAGUGUGCUUAGGUCUUCCGUGGUUCAUACAGACGGCCAUCAUUAAGCCGGGCUCUCACGUCAAUGUCAUAUCGAAAGGUCUGACCUACUCCACCAUAUCGCUGUUCUCAACGGUGAUAUUCUUGAUACUUUCGACUCACUUGAAUGGCUGGAAAUUAGACAAGCGCCUCGGCAUCAUCCUGAUGGUGUGGUACCUGUUAUUCAUCACAUUAGCCUCCCUGUAUGAAUUGAAUGUAUUCGGCUACAUGAAUCCACCUGAAUGUCCAAGUGAUUACUAAAUAAGUUGACUUUGUUCGUUUAAAAACUACAUAGCAAAAAUAAACCACAAUACUAUGGAGACUUCAAUAUCCAGAGCAUCCCACAUGAUUUUAAGUGUUUCAUUGUGUUUCAUUCAAAACCAAUUUCGUAUCGAACCCAAUCGAAACACAAAAGUCGACGACAAAAAAGAAGGUUUGGAAAGAAGCGAAAUAAAAUAAGUAUAACAAAACGAUAACAACCACCACCAUCACCAUCCCUCAGCCCUAAAUACGAGUAUAGAUUGGAAAAAUUGUUUAUCAUCCAUCAUCGAAGAUGCAUAGAGGAUAUUUACGAAUAUUUGCACACCCCUGUAGAGAUUUGAUAUUGGCAGCAUUCUGUGCCACCACUUGACGGAAUUAAGUUUCUAGCGGCAAGGCGAUCAGGAGAUGUCGUCAACAUGGCCAGAAUGGCAGGGCAUCUUGAAUGUCGGCGAAUGAGAAACUUUAGGCCAAAAGUGGAAGCUAAGAAUGACAGCAUUAACCACCCACAGCAUUUAUCGAAUGAAAUUCUUUACAGAAUAAAAAGUAGAAUGAACAACAAUAACAACAAUAAUAAUAAUAACAACAACAAGAAUAAAAUAUUAGCAUAUUUUACAUUUUUACAACGCACCAUAAACAAUAAAGAACAAGAAAAAGAUGAACAA